GGAGGAGGGCGGGGCCGAGACCGUGCGGCGUCGUCAGGGCGACGGGGCCUAGUCGGCCUGGCGGAGGGCCCGGCGCUGGACGGAAUGGUGCGAGCUGUUAUGGGAUAGCUAUCGGCUGCAAGAAUCCUGGUGGAACCUUGGCUUUAUGGAACAGGGGUGCUGAGUCGGAUUGUCUCGGCUGAUGCCCUGAUUGAGAUUAGUCUCCGAACAUCCGCGCAGCACACUGUUUCCAGGUGGUGACCCACUGUUUCCAGGUGGUGACCCACUCUUUCUCAAGGGCGACUUGCUUGAAGAAUGCCCUUGCUAGUCCCGGAGACAUGGACUCGCUGGAAGCUCAGCUGGAGCUGCUUCUGAAGGGAGGGGGCAUCGAGGUGCAGGGCUACGACUCUCCCCUGGAGGACGUGGUGCCGGUGACUGUGCGGAAGACCGUCUGCUACAUCGUCGCUGCAGUCAUCCUGAACGAGCAGAAGGAGGUGGUGAUGAUGCAGGAGGCCAAGCCAGACUGCUACGGCAAGUGGUAUUUGCCGGCGGGGAGGAUCGAGCAGAAGGAAAGCAUCGUGCAGGCGGUGAAGAGAGAGGUCCUGGAGGAAACCGGCCUGGAGUGUGAGCCGUCCACCCUGCUGAGCGUGGAGGAGAGGGGUCCCCGCUGGAUUCGCUUUGUCUUCAUGGCCACGGUCACAGGAGGAACUCUGAAGAGCACCUCGGAGAGCGAUGCCGAGUCCUUGCAGGCCAAGUGGUGGGACCGAGUGUCGCCCCUUCCGCUCCGAGCCAGAGACAUCUUAAAUCUCAUCUCCCUCGCCGUCAAGUACAAGGAGAAGGCGUCUCACCCGCUGACCGUUCCCAUCGAGAUGCCCUGCUCGCUCGUCUGCCACAGGGUGCUGGCGGCCUUCCUCAACAAGACCAACGACCUGUGGCUGCUGGCCAGCCACCAGGAGCGGCCCCACUUCCCCGUGACGGCCUGUGGCUCCUCCUCCGCCGAGCUGUCCUGCAGUGUCGAGGCGGCCAUUCACAGACUAGGCCGGGAGUGCCUGAGGGAGGCGCGGCUCCGGGUGAAGACGCACGGCGUCCUGAGCCUGCAGCACACCGGCGCGGUCCCCGGCAAGGCCGAUGGGGUCUGCUUCAACGUCCUGGUCACCGUCGCCCCCCUGGAGGGCGCGCACAGCCAGACCCCACCCGACGUCAGCAGCGGCCGGUACAGCUGGCACCGGAUCGACAAUGACGAUUUGAAGAUUCAGUUGCUGGAGAGGUUGUCCUUCGCUUCCCUUGUGCCGUUCUUAAAUUAAAAUCUGGUGGGAAACGAA